CUGGGAAGAACCCACGGACGGUCUGCGGUGACUGGACACAGUAGUACCUGACUUGGAAGAGUGCUCGCUCAGCUGCUCCGAACUUAACGUUGCUGCCGAAGUCAUCACUUGCUUAAGUAAUUACUUAGCAUUGAAUUUAGUGGACAAGUUGUAAUGCCGAGUUUUAAAAGUAACUCAGACUGCAAGGGGUGGCCUCAAGAUGUUGGUAUAAUAGCAAUAGAAGUCUACUUUCCAUCAGAAUAUGUUGAUCAAGAAGAACUGGAAAUAUUUGAUGGUGUCUCAAAGGGCAAAUAUACAAUUGGCCUGGGACAAACCAAGAUGGGCUUCUGCUCUGAUCUGGAGGACAUCAAUUCUCUUUGUCUCACAGCCCUCUCUCAUUUGAUGGAAAGAACACGUGUUGGUUAUGAAAAUAUUGGCCGCCUUGAAGUUGGAACAGAGACUAUCAUCGACAAGUCUAAGAGUGUGAAGAGUGUCCUGAUGCAGCUUUUUGAAGAGUCGGGCAACUCUGAUGUUGAAGGAAUUGAUACUACCAAUGCUUGUUAUGGGGGAACAGCAGCACUUAUUAAUGCACUGAAUUGGGUGGAGUCAAGUUCUUGGGAUGGUCGAUAUGCUGUAGUUGUUGCUGGAGAUAUUGCAGUAUAUGCAAAAGGAUCAGCACGGCCAACUGGUGGAGCUGGUGCUGUUGCCAUGCUUGUAGGUCCUCAUGCACCUUUAAUUAUGGAACGAGGUUUACGAAGUUCACAUAUGUGCCAUGUGUAUGAUUUUUACAAACCUGAUUUGAGUUCGGAAUAUCCUGUGGUUGAUGGAAAGCUGUCUAUUCAAUGUUAUCUCUCUGCUUUGGAUACCUGCUACCGAACCUUUUGUCGAAAAGCAAAUGCUCAAAAGGAUUCUGCUGCAUUGCCAUUCUCCCUUGAAGAGACAGAUGCGUUAUUGUUUCACUCACCUUUUUGUAAAUUGGUACAGAAGUCGGUUGCUCGCUUAGCCUUUCAUGAUUUCCUCUUGACUCCAGUCGAUGAAAUACCAAAGAGGUACCAAGGGCUUGAAUCAUUUAGGGAUAAGAAUCUUGAAGAUACGUACUUUGAUAAAGAUGUUGAGAAGGCAUUUAUAAGCUACAGCCAGGACAUAUUUUUGAAGAAAACCAAACCAUCACUUCUUUUAGCAACUCAAGUUGGUAAUAUGUACACACCGUCAGUGUAUGGCAGUCUAGCUUCAUUUAUAUCGAACAAUACAGUGGAUACCUUAGCAGGCAAGCGUGUGAUGUUAUUUUCAUAUGGCUCUGGAUUAGCAGCAACAAUGUUCUCCUUACGGAUUUCUGAUGAUGCUGGACCAGGUUCGCCACUCUCUGAACUUGCUGCAUCUUUGAGUGAUCUGCAGUCAAGACUGAAUUCUCGCACAGAAGUACCACCCCAUGUUUUUGCAGAAACAAUGAAGUUAAGGGAAGCAACUCAUCAUAAAGCACCAUACUCUCCCGUUGGCAAAGUGGAAUCUUUGUUCCCUGGUACUUGGUACCUGACACACAUAGAUGAAAUGUAUCGUCGCCAGUAUGAACGCCGUCCUCUAAUUUGUGUUGAUAGCACAGAUUGUGUUUCAAGCACAUCACUUAAUUUAGUUAAGGAAUCAUCAUUUAUGUCAACAGAUCCUUUGCCACAAAAUGUUUAAUAAUUAAACAUGCUUUAAAAUACCAGGGAGAGCUUUGCUAUAUGUAGUACUGUUAGUGGUUGUAACUCAAUUACCAUACAUGCCUUUGGUUUCUUCAGUUUUUUGUCUAUUAGGAUGCAUGCGAUUCAGAGGUAUUUCCAAGAAUAUUUGUAUUAUUUUGUUAUUAGUACUUGCAUUUAUGUGGUUCCUACCAGGUAUACUGCUUUACAAAAAAAAUUGCUGUUGAUGUUACCGAUUAUAUUCAUGGUAAUGAUUUUCUUUUGACUUGUGUUUCAUUAUUAUGUAUAUAUGUGUGUGUACCAUAUUGUAAAAAUUACUUGGAAGAACUUUGGUUUACUGCAGGUUGUUGUUAGGGUCAUCUGUCUUAACCGUAUAGGCUCUGGUCAAAGCAGUGCACUGGGGCGCCUGCUUACACAACCACAUACUUAUAGGAAAAGAAAUGUAUAUGUUCGAUAAAAUGUAACCUAUAUUUAUUGUAUUGGUACAUCCAACAAACUCAUUGUUUAAACAUUCAAAAAACAAGUGCUGUAGAGGAUUGACUAAUCAGCACAAACAUUUGAACACAUUAGCAUGAGCCGCUUUGAAAAACACAAAAAUUUCAACAUAUCAGUGAAACUCAUAUGGUCAACCUUAAGGAUGGAGAUGGGUGGCACAGUAUGAAAUUAGUAUGAAUUGUUUAUCAUUAAGGGCUCAACACAAAUAUUUGUAAAAUUUCUAAGCAGUGAAAUUGUUGAUUUACAAUUAGCUUGAAGUCAGUGGUCUUCAGCAAGUCACAACAUACAUAGAUUAGUUUGGGGCCCCCGGGUAACUGCCCAGCAUGCCAAUAUGUUAAGACUGCCCUGGUGGUAGUUACCAAGCAGUUAUCACAUGUAGGUACCAAGCAUACCUUUCUGGAAUUAUUUUACCACUUGCAAUUUAUGUACAGUAAUUAAAAAAUCAUCCAAUUAUUUUGUAAUACAUAAUUUUCAUUAUUACCAGCAUUUACUUUUAGUGUAAAAAAUUUACAGUUGAUCUUGUGUGUCGUAAAUGGUAAUUAUUUCCUUGAUCUUGUGUAAUAAACUGUAUUGAUAAGGGGUAUUUCAGUUAGUCAUUAAGAACAUUUGGUGUCUUGUCGUGAACAUGCGGUGCAAAAUCAGUAGAGAUAUGACCAUUUAUUACAAAGAACAUAUUCUUGUUAGUUUAGCAUCCAUAGAAUUAGCAGAUGUAACCACCUAUUAAGUUACCCAAUCAGAUGUGAAAUUAAGGAUAUGAAUGUAUGUUGUGAUUGUUGAUUGUAGAAUUAAAUGAUUAUUAAUUCCAGUAUCCAUUUUCAAACAUCAGUGUUGUCUAUAGUGUUGUACACUUUUAAAUAAAUUGUAGAUUUAUGAAA